AUCAUGCUCCCACUUAUAAGAUCAGUUGUCGCACUGACCGACUGCGUCUCAACCAAACCCAUCACUUAACCACCCACCUUGGUGCAAUGUUCCCCUUGUCGCAUUUCCGCCAAUACCGGCGACGAGGCGCAAUUAUCUCCCGAGCCCUAAUCCUCGUCGUGCUGAUUGUCUAUUGCUGCAAGGCCACUCUGCGCACACGACAAUCCCACCCCGUGGAGCAGGACGCGCAGUCCAUCCAGAAAAGACUGGAACCCAGCCAUGCCAUCCCUGAGAAAGCUCAAUUACAACAGCCGGUCGGUCUGCCAGACCCUUUGCCAACCGUACCCCCGGUACCCCCGGUACCCACCGCACACCCUCAAGCAGCUCCAGACACCCACAACCUCACCCACCACCUUGCGAACCUCUUCGCCGUCCUCCCCGACGAACCCCACGCCCACACUCUCACCAGCCCGUUGACAGCGACCGGGGAAGAGAGACUACGCGACCUGGGGUUCCGAACGCGCGCCUUCGACGCCCUCUUCCGCGCCUGGGAAGCCAUCCACCUGGUCCCCACCGAGACAAACCAGAUGCUCAUCCGCGACGACAUCGUGCGGGUCCUGCGCGACCACCCUGAAAUCUCCGCGGACCUCGAUCUCACCCCCGCCAGCGCGAUCCACGCCUACGAAACAUCGCGCAGCUUCCUAACCCAACUAGCGAAACGCCUCUUCCCAUGGACCACCCCCUACUCCGCGGACCACAUGACCCUGCACGCGCAGUUCCACGACGGAGGCCGCGGUCUGGUCUUCACAGCCGGCAACGACCAAGCGCCCUACCUCGCGACCUCGAUCCGCGCCCUCCGCGCCCACGGCUGCACCCUCCCGAUCGAGAUCCUCUACCUGGGCGACGAGGACCUCGACGAGGAGAUCCGCGACGAGCUCGAAGCCCUGCCCGGCUCCGUCGUCACCCGGGACCUGAGUGUCAUGGUCGACGACGCCGGCUGGACGCUCCGCGGCUGGGCCGCGAAGCCCUUCGCGAUCCUGCUGUCCAGCUUCCGGGAGGCGAUCUUCAUCGACGCGGACGCGCUCUUCCUGGCGGAUCCGGCGGCGCUGUUCGACGACCCGCUGUACCAAUCCACGGGCGCGUUGUUCUUCAAGGACCGGCUGUUCAUGCCCGGGAACGAGAAACGGGCGUGGCUGCGGCGCGUCCUCCCCGCGCCGGUGUCCCCGCGCGUCCGCCAGAGUCGCAUGUGGACGGGCCAGAGCAUCCACAUGCAGGAGUCCGGGGUGGUCGUUGUCGACAAGUGGCGCCAUUUUGUGGCGUUGUUGAUGGUCACCCGCAUGAACGGGCCGGAUCGCGAUGGCGAUGAGAGUAGGGGGUUGGUGGGGGUGUAUGAUAUGGUUUAUGGGGAUAAGGAGACCUUCUGGUUGGGAUGGGAACUGGUCGGGGAUACCGAGUACGCGUUCCAUGAGGGUGCGGCCGCGGUGAUGGGCAAGCCCCAGGCGAACCGUGACAACGCCACCACCACCACCACCACCAUCACCACCACUACAGAGGGCAAGGAGCACGACUUGAAGUAUACCGUGUGCGCCCCGCAACUGCUUCAUUUGGGGACCGACGGCAGACCCCUGUGGUUCAAUGGGUGGCUGCUGCCGGAUAAGUUUUCGGACGAGGAGCGCCAGCCGACGAACUUCGAGGCUUUCAUCCCCGAACCCCCCAGUGCAGAGGACAGUGGCUCGUGGCAGCUGCACGACAGCAACGUCUGUUGUCUGUCGGCAGACCAGGUGGUGUACUUCGAUGCGGUGGAGAAGGAGGCCUUGGAUGGGCUGAUAGAGAUCGCGAGGGAUGUGGGGGCGAUUGGCCGGCCACAGUAGAAUGGAAUCGACAUUACCAAAAUCGACUUCAUCGUCCAAGAUCAAAGGAUCGAAGGCAUCAGGCUAACGAGAAAGUUUCCGGACGGCGGACUACGAGGGUCACAACCGGGAUAGAGCACGGGAUACACGAGACGAGCAUACUAUGCCUGCGUCGUCGGCUGCCCGGAGAACAGGCCCCACGGAUCAGUCACCG